CUGCUUCCCCCGAGCGAAUGAAAGCCAGCAGCCUCUGGCACAGCACCAGGUGCAGGCACAGGCUGGAUUUGCAGAAGUGAGGCAGCCGCUGCUUUUCCAACCAAGCCAGCAAAGCCGCGGGGCUGGCAUCCUGCGUUGCCCAAGGGGAGGAUUAGCUGCGAGCGAGGAGCCGGCUGCUGCCUGGCAUUUAGGAUCUGGGCCUGAGACCCAACCUUGGAGACCCUCCAGCUGGAAGAGGAGAAGGAGGAGAAAAAGAAGGAGCCCGUCCUGCAGCAGGAGUGACCCGCUCCCCUGGCAGGAGGAGGAAUCUGCUCCCCAGCGCAGCCCAGGUGAUCAGCUCUGGAAAGGCUGAAAGCCCUCUGGCCACCAGCCCACGGCCACCCUUGACCCUGGCAGCAUCUUCAAAGGGAGCAUGGGGCUGCUGCGGAGCGUGCAAUGUUUGCUCACAGCCAGGGCCAGCAGCUGCUGCCUGCCUGCCUUGGGGGGUUUCGUCAGCCUCCUGCAGCGCUCCGGGGGACACGGCUCGGCCACUGCUGCUUGCACAAGGAACCCCCUCGUCAGGACUGCAGCCAUGGCCACCUCAGCGAGCUCCCACCUGAGCAAAGCCAUCAAGCACAUGUACAUGAAGCUGCCGCAGGGGGAGAAGGUGCAGGCCAUGUACAUCUGGAUCGACGGCACGGGGGAGCACCUCCGCUGCAAAACCCGCACGCUGGACCACGAGCCCAAGAGCCUGGAAGAUCUCCCUGAGUGGAAUUUCGAUGGCUCCAGCACCUACCAGUCCGAAGGCUCCAACAGUGACAUGUACCUGCGACCUGCUGCCAUGUUUCGGGACCCUUUCCGCAAGGACCCCAACAAACUUGUUCUCUGUGAGGUCUUCAAAUACAACCGCCAGUCUGCAGAGUCAAAUCUCCGGCACACCUGCAGGAGGAUUAUGGACAUGGUGUCCAACCAGCACCCCUGGUUUGGGAUGGAGCAGGAGUACACUCUCCUGGGGACAGAUGGACAUCCGUUUGGCUGGCCUUCCAAUGGCUUCCCUGGACCCCAAGGUCCGUAUUACUGCGGUGUAGGGGCAGACAAAGCCUAUGGCAGGGACAUUGUGGAGGCCCACUACCGGGCGUGCCUUUAUGCCGGCGUGAAAAUCGGAGGAACCAAUGCAGAAGUGAUGCCAGCCCAGUGGGAGUUCCAGGUGGGACCAUGCGAGGGGAUUGAGAUGGGCGAUCACCUCUGGAUCGCGCGCUUCAUCCUGCACCGGGUGUGCGAGGACUUCGGGGUCGUGGUGUCCUUCGAUCCCAAACCCAUCCCUGGCAACUGGAACGGUGCUGGCUGCCACACCAACUUCAGCACCAAGAGCAUGAGGGAAGAAGGAGGUCUCAAGCACAUCGAGGAGGCCAUCGAGAAGCUGAGCAAGCGCCACCAGUACCACAUCCGUGCCUACGACCCCAAGGGGGGGCUGGACAAUGCCAGGCGCCUGACGGGCUUCCACGAGACGUCCAACAUCAACGAGUUCUCGGCCGGCGUGGCCAACCGCGGCGCCAGCAUCCGCAUCCCGCGCAACGUGGGCCACGAGAAGAAGGGCUACUUCGAGGACCGCCGGCCCUCGGCCAACUGCGACCCCUACGCCGUGACGGAGGCGCUGGUCCGCACGUGUCUCCUCAACGAAACCGGGGAUGAGCCUUUUGAGUACAAGAACUAAGCAGACUGCGCCCCGCGGCUGCUGCCGCCGCCUCCCCCCGCGCUCCCCGCGCCCCUAAAGUUCCCUUCUAGCUGUAAUCCCGAGGGUACAAGAUAACAUGUUUCGUGUCUCAGUAACUCUUGUUGUCUUGAGGUGGGGAGGAGGGCAGGUUUAGUUUUAUCCGUGUCUGUUUGUCGUUGACUCUUCGGAAGACGAGAGGAGGACGGGGUGUUAGAGAACUUUUAACCACUGUUUUAUUUUUUUCGUCUAAUUCAUGUGUACAUCCGAUGGGAUCCGGUGGCUUCCAGGGACAGACUGCACAUGCAGAAAACCCGUAGGAGAGGAGAAAGCUCGAAACAGAGCCAGAUUUGGGGGGCCAGCCCUGCUGCUGGCUCUCUGCAGACUGAUGGCUGUCUGAGGUUGGUGCCUCUCUGUGGAGAAGGGAAGAUGGGAGCUGUGGUGACGGGAGCUGUGCGUGUGCUCCUGCCUGUAUGGGGACGUGACGGGGACAUCGUCGCCCUCCGGCCACUCUGAGGUUUCUGGGAAUCUUCUGGCAUUGAGGAGAACUCUUGGUUCUGUCACUGGAAGUCAACCCAUCUCUGGCUCAUAACACAGAGUGAAGUAGUAUUUUUCUAUUUAAAUAUAAAAACAGAAAAAAAAUUA